UUCAUCGAGUUAUAAUAUUAUCUCUUUUUAUGACUACUCUGUGGGGGCUCAGUUUUACAUAUUUUAAUUUCGCCAGAGAAACGAUAUCGAAUUUGAUUUAAUUAGUGUGUGAAUUAAAAUUUGGAAGGAAAACGCUUUAUUUAGUCAAAUCCAGUCAUUUUAGUCAAACAAUUUCUGCAGCAAGAGCAAGUCUGGGUCUCUGAUGCUCACAAAUAACGAAUCACUAGUCAGCGGCUGUGUCUGGGAUCGAGCGCUCGAUUCAAUUGAAUUUGGGAUAGGACAGAAUGAGACCACCGAUAAUAGUCCCAGUCUUUACGUGUAUCUUGCCAUCUACCCGCUGCUCUUGGCCUGCUGUACGGUAGGGAGUAUCUUGAUCAUUGUUGCACGGCUGAAUGAUCUGGAGAGCCGGGCAACGUCCACUACAGUUUAUAUGGUGUGUUCGGCUUUCGGAAAUUUGUGCAUUCUAUGGUCAUUGUUGCCGGAUUAUGUGCAGAUCGCACAGGGACACGCUGUGUACGGUGGAAGUCACCCUCGACCAGAUAGAAGAAACGAUUCGCUCACAACAGCAUACAACGGCUUUGGUCAACUUUGGAACGAAACCGCUAUCCAGUUUGCCGACUGGACUGUAAUAUCAUUUGCCGGUGAACUGCUGCUGUCUGUAUUGCGACGACAAUCCAAUACCCUUUCUAUAACAGUUAAUCGGCUAAAAUGGCGGCGAGCACUCCUAUACGAAGGUGAGAGGGACUUACGCCCUCGUCCCAGCAGGCUCAGAUCGCAGUGCAGUGGCUUUCACGCUUAGAUCGUAUACCUGAUCGCAGGUAUUACGAUCCGCCCUUUCGCUAUCUUCCGCCAACGGCAUCGCGCCGUACCUUUUCGGCGAUUGCGUGAGGCUUACGUAGCGGCGUAUGGUAGAGCAGCGUUAGCGCAGGUAUAUUGUGAGCUAUAGAUUGUCAGUUGGUGAUUAUGAGUUUUGGUGAGAUGUUAUGUUUUCGGUUUUAUGAUAAAAAGUCCCUUUUUAUCCUUGUCUCGCUCCCGUUUCCGGUAGAUCGGCACUAGAGAGUCUCCCACGCAGAGAGGAGGACUCUCAGAUGGUAGCAGUCUAAGAUCCGUGGUUACCUGUUUUCUGAGUUACUUUUCAGAUCUAUCGGACAGCACCGUUUUCCCGUUUGCCAUCAGGAGGACGCGGAAACUCGGCGCACACCCUACACCCCGUAUCCCGUAGAGCCAGCAUUGGACUACAGGGAUAGCAGCGUAUCAGCGUGCCCAGCGACUUCGCGGUGGAGAUUUGGACUUGCUUCUGGAUCUCUUCGUCUGUGCACCUUUUCAAGUGUUUCCUGCGUAGAAGUUUCGGAUCCUAAGGAUCGUCAGGCUCAUUCUCGUUCGGAAAAGGAAUAUCGCGUAAGAACAUGGCGUUCUCCGGCUUAUACAAUCCCGACAGCUGUUUUCCUUGCAAGAUCAACUUAAACAACCGCGUAUGUGUCGGCUGCCUUAUGAAAGGACGAGCGGAAAUCGAAGAUCGCGUCUACGCGUUGUACUCGGAGGCAGUAUGCGGAAACUCAGAGGCUUUACUCGGCUUGAAGCAUAUGGGUCUGUGGAAUUAUGCGAUGAAUAACCAGCAAUACCACCGCGGGAUCGCUCAGGCUAUUCAGCAUUUCAAGGCGAAAAACGAACCCGGCUGGCAAAUGGUUGAAGCGAUCGCGAUUCCGUCUAUCCAGUCAACUCCAUCUACCGCGAAUAAAGCGCUUCUUCCUCAUCCGCCUAAUGAAUUACGCCGCGCACAGUUGAAGUACGCUGACGAAACCGAAGAGAACAUCAGCGACUGGAAAUCUGUCCCGCUUAAGCCGUCGUUCCAGAAAGCUUCUUCUGACGACUGGACGCGAAAUGCAGAUCGCCCAUUGGGAACAAACACGGCUAACCACAGUCAAAGCGAUGACCAGCGUCAGCGAGGCGAUCAGCGUCAGUUCACCGAAUAUCGCCAGCCUACAGAUCAGCGUGCAGAUCGGCGUUCAGAACAGCGAACUACUCAGCAGAAUACGCGCACUGGACAGUCUUCCGCUACCAGAUGGGAGCCAUUCCCUCAGCGUAUGAACGCUAUGGACCAGGCUGAAAGGAUUUUUAAGCAUCUCGGCUUAUCCAAUGCAGCUAAGACGCAUGGAAGUCUAGCGAUCACCUGUGAAAUGUUCGUUAACCGCUUAUACGCGUUUAUGGAUGAAGUUAAUAUGGAGAAAGCGAUGCAGGAUGUGAAUUAUUACACGGAUAAGCCUAAACCUGAAGACACACAGCUGAUGUAUAACGCUUUUCGCGCGAAUGGUAUGGAAUCAGCUCUCAGCUUGGAUACAUUCUCCAACAAAAUUAACACCAUCGACUAUGAACGGCUGAGCCAGUUUAAGUAUUUCGGCAAAACUUCCCAUUUGGCGCACCUUUUCCAGUUUAUCUCCGCGAAAGCUAAUCCAGCUCUGAUGUUGUAUGCCGCGAAAUGUACCGUGCAUCUGAUGGACAUCUACCGCGAUUUGAAGGCUCGCCGAAAGGCUAAUUUUAAUGACCCAGCGAUUAAGGCUCAGUACGAUGAAUUGUUUCGCUUGAUGUUUGCCGCCAUGUGUGGACAUGCUUACAGCCAUUCCCAGUUGGAAAAGCGAAUGAAAAUGAAAGAAAAUGCUGACCAUCCGCUGAAGACAGUAAUUACCGCGCUUGGACCGCUCACCAAUGAGCAACUGCAGCUUGAAAUGUUGGAAAGUGCACGCGCACGCGGGAUGGCAAAUAAGGCUACAAAAGGCUUAGCGACCUUGGUUGAGAAGCCCCAGGACGCUUAUCAGUACUGGACUUCAAUCCUGCGACAGCGUAUGGAGACUAAGGCUUCCAAGAUCACUCUUGGCAAACGCUCCCUGACGUCUCCGGAAGGCUCAUCCGGAUCCCCACAUUUGCCACCAGGCGAACCGCUGGUUAAGCGUAUGUACGUGUCUACGGAUGAAGCAGCUAAUGAAGCGACACUGGUGGAUAAGCUGGGUAAUUUGAAUUUUACCGCUUCCCAUAUGCGUGAUAUCGAAAAUGGAGGCGAAACUGAUCAGAAAGCUGAAGGCGAAAAACUGGCUACAGAUAUCAAAACGGAAGGCGAUAAAACUCCGAACGCUUUAAACGCUGAUAUCACUGAUGAUGAGACGAGCGAGAAGGAUAAAUCGGAUUAAAGGCGAAAAUUCAUGGGAUUAAGGACGAAUUCAUGUGGAUCAUCCUUGGAAUGGAUUAACCUUCAUUUUCCUGUUUUGCUCACCCGGAAUGACCAAAGUAACAUGUUAUGUUUUUAUCUAAUCUCCCAUUUCGAUGGAUCUUAACUUUAUCAAUAAUUGUUUAGAAUUUUCCUUUUUUAUUGUACGGUGAAUGAUAUACUUGCGCUAACUUUGCGAUAAAAUUGUCCGCUUAAUUGCAGCAUUCGUAAACGUAUGAAGCUUCGCGUAACCCGCUUAUUGUCUUUAUUUUUGCGAAUUUAGGUAAACGCUUAUAGUGACUUCGGUCAGCUGCAGGCUUAUACGCAGUGAAGAGACCAUGCAGUCACGGGAAUCCAUUUCCGCGCUUCGGUCUUGCGGCUGUAUCGCGAGGCUGCGGCGUGAUGCAGAUUCUCCCACUUGCACACUCAUGCAUAUCGCUGGUAUCGGCACCGGGGGUGCCAGGCUCUCGGAGGACCUCGAGUCCCCACCAGUGGCAUGAGAGGGACUUACGCCCUCGUCCCAGCAGGCUCAGAUCGCAGUGCAGUGGCUUUCACGCUUAGAUCGUAUACCUGAUCGCAGGUAUUACGAUCCGCCCUUUCGCUAUCUUCCGCCAACGGCAUCGCGCCGUACCUUUUCGGCGAUUGCGUGAGGCUUACGUAGCGGCGUAUGGUAGAGCAGCGUUAGCGCAGGUAUAUUGUGAGCUAUAGAUUGUCAGUUGGUGAUUAUGAGUUUUGGUGAGAUGUUAUGUUUUCGGUUUUAUGAUAAAAAGUCCCUUUUUAUCCUUGUCUCGCUCCCGUUUCCGGUA